GUUUCCGCGACGCCGUCGCAACAGUCUCCGUUCGGCGUCUUCUGAUUACGUUCCGCGCUCUAAAUAAAAAACUCCGCGCGUCCACCUCAAAAGGUUCGCGGGGACAACUAUGAAAGAAAAGUUUUCGCGGAUCGCGUUCAUCACUUUUAAAACGAAAUUUGAAAAAUUAAUUGAAAAACGCGUAUGAAAAAGAACGAUUUUCGGAAGGAAGUCGCCUCCCAGAGGACGACGUCAUGACGAGCGCCGUCGUUCUGACCACUGAGCAGUCGGCGGUGUCUUCGGCGUCGCCGUCUUCUUCAGGAAUUGAGGCGACCGUUAGCAUUGAGGAAUGCCUUACCGUCAGGAAGUACUGGUGCUUUUUAUUAAGCAGUAUUUGUACAUUCUUGGCCGGUCUCCUCAUUGUACUCAUAUGGAGGGCGUUUGCGUUUCUUUGCUGUCGAAAAGAUGCUGAGUAUGGACCAAAUGACCCAAAACAAAAGGAGCAAAAAGCUGCGAGACAGGGUAAACAAGAGUUUGAAGGAACUUUUAUGACUGAAGCUAAAGAUUGGGCUGGAGAAUUAAUUUCUGGACAAACCACAACAGGAAGAAUACUCGUUGUUUUGGUGUUCAUACUCAGUAUCGCAUCUCUAGUAAUAUACUUUAUAGACGCGUCCAAUGAUGGUGUGGAGCGCUGCCAAAAAUGGAGCAACAACAUAACGCAGCAGAUCGACCUUGCCUUCAACAUAUUUUUUAUGGUAUAUUUUUUUAUAAGAUUUAUAGCCGCUAGUGAUAAAUUAUGGUUUAUGCUGGAGAUGUAUUCCUUCGUAGAUUACUUCACGAUACCACCGUCCUUUGUAUCGAUUUAUUUAGAUCGCACGUGGAUAGGUUUAAGAUUUUUACGUGCUUUACGUUUAAUGACCGUUCCGGAUAUCCUACAAUAUUUAAACAUUCUCAAGACUUCCAGCUCCAUUCGACUCGCUCAGUUAGUAUCGAUUUUUAUCUCAGUUUGGUUAACAGCAGCAGGAAUUAUUCAUUUGUUGGAGAAUUCCGGGGAUCCCCUUGAUUUUGACAAUCCACAACCUUUACCGUAUUGGACGUGCGUUUAUUUCUUAAUCGUUACCAUGUCCACCGUGGGAUAUGGAGACGUUUAUUGUCACACCGUGUUAGGAAGAACAUUUUUGGUGUUUUUCUUACUCGUCGGAUUGGCAAUAUUUGCUAGUAGUAUUCCAGAAAUCAUAGAUCUCGUAGGAACUAGAUCCAAAUAUUGCGGUGAAUAUAAAAGGGAACACGGAAAAAGACACAUCGUUGUGUGUGGACAUAUCACCUACGAAUCGGUAUCCCAUUUCCUCAAGGAUUUUCUACACGAAGAUCGAGAAGAUGUCGACGUUGAGGUCGUCUUUUUACACAGGAAACCACCCGAUCUUGAAUUGGAAGGUCUAUUCAAGCGACAUUUCACCACAGUCGAAUUCUUCCAGGGGACUAUAAUGAACCCUAUUGAUCUUCAAAGGGUAAAGGUUCACGAAGCAGAUGCUUGCUUGGUGUUAGCCAAUAAAUACUGCCAAGAUCCGGAUGCUGAAGACGCGGCUAAUAUCAUGAGGGUGAUAUCGAUUAAGAAUUACAGCGAUGAUAUUCGGGUUAUUAUUCAAUUGAUGCAAUAUCAUAAUAAGGCUUACUUAUUAAAUAUACCAUCAUGGGAUUGGAAACAAGGUGAUGAUGUAAUCUGUUUAGCUGAAUUAAAAUUGGGUUUUAUAGCUCAAUCGUGUUUGGCACCUGGUUUUUCAACGAUGAUGGCAAAUUUAUUCGCGAUGAGAAGUUUUAAAACGUCACCCGGUAUGCAGGUGUGGACGAAUGAUUACUUGAGAGGAACCGGGAUGGAAAUGUACACAGAGACCUUAAGUCCCACGUUUAUAGGCAUGCCUUUUGCGCAGGCUACAGAAUUAUGUUUCACAAAAUUAAAAUUGCUCCUCCUCGCAAUUGAAGUGAAAGGAGUCGAAGGUGCGGAUACGAAAAUCUCGAUAAAUCCGAGGGGGGCGAAAAUUCAAGCGAACACGCAAGGAUUUUUUAUUGCUCAAUCGGCAGAUGAAGUUAAAAGAGCUUGGUUUUAUUGUAAAGCCUGUCACGAUGACAUCAAGGAUGAGACGCUGAUCAAAAAAUGCAAAUGCAAAAACUUGGCAGCGCAACAUCGAAAUUGGUCACACGAAUUAGUGGCGACCUUCAGGAAAGGUGUGAGAGCAAUUCAAAUGGUCGGAAGAACAAGUGUGGAUCCAAUAAAUUUGUACGCAAAUGAUCAUCAUCCACCCCCAACUUUUACUCCGCCCGAAAUUCCAAAGAAAGUUCAUAUAAGAGGUGAUGCUAAUAACAGAGUUCAAGAAGAUAUACAAAUGACUCAUAGAAAUCAUACUCCGAGAAAUAACGCAGUUCCUAACGCAAACAUGGUAAAUUCGACGAAACAAGUUAAUAAAGUGAAACCAACGGUGAACAGGAAUACUACAGAGAAUGCCGUUUCUCCUGGUUAUAAUAGAGGCACAGAACAGGAACCCGGAGGCUAUGCCGGCUAUCAUCUUGCCUACGAAGUGAAAAAACUCAUGCCGACGAGUCGUACGAGCGGCGGAACCAAUCAGAACAACAACGGUGUCGCGCUUCCGGUUGGUUUGGCUGAUGAUCAAGCGAAAGAUUUCGACUUUGAAAAAACCGAAAUGAAAUAUGACAGCACUGGAAUGUUCCAUUGGGGGCCCGCAAAAAAUUUAGAAGACUGUAUACUUGAUCGAAAUCAAGCUGCAAUGACAGUUUUAAAUGGUCACGUCGUAGUUUGUCUUUUCGCCGAUCCAGAUUCACCAUUAAUCGGUUUAAGAAACCUCGUUAUGCCAUUGAGAGCCUCAAAUUUUCAUUACCACGAAUUAAAACACGUCGUAAUCGUUGGUUCGGUGGAUUAUAUACGAAGAGAGUGGAAAAUGUUGCAGAAUCUCCCAAAAAUCUCAGUUUUAAACGGAUCCCCGUUAAGUCGAGCUGAUUUACGGGCCGUUAACGUAAAUUUAUGCGAUAUGUGUUGUAUUUUAUCAGCAAAAGUACCUAGUAAUGACGAUCCAACACUCGCCGAUAAAGAAGCUAUCUUAGCCUCGUUAAACAUUAAAGCAAUGACUUUCGAUGAUACAAUUGGCGUUUUAAGUCAAGUGAAUGGCGAUCAAGAUGCUGGAACCCCAGUUGGAAGUCCAAUCGUUCUUCAAAGAAGAGGUUCAGUUUACGGCGCUAACGUUCCAAUGAUAACCGAAUUAGUAAACGAUAGUAACGUUCAAUUCUUGGAUCAAGACGAUGACGACGAUCCCGAUACAGAACUUUAUUUAACACAACCUUUCGCUUGCGGUACCGCAUUUGCCGUUAGCGUAUUGGAUUCGUUGAUGUCUACAACUUAUUUUAACCAAAAUGCCUUAACUUUAAUCCGUUCGUUGAUAACAGGUGGAGCGACGCCCGAAUUAGAAUUAAUUUUGGCUGAAGGUGCUGGGUUAAGAGGUGGUUAUAGUACCCCAGAAAGUUUAGCUAAUCGAGAUCGGUGUCGAGUCGGACAAAUUUCUUUAUACGAUGGUCCGUUGGCUCAGUUUGGGGAAACCGGAAAAUACGGCGAUUUAUUCGUAGCCGCUUUAAAACAAUUCGGAAUGUUAUGUAUUGGAUUGUAUCGGUUUCGAGAUACAAGUUCAUCGUGUGAUGCAAGUAGUAAAAGAUAUGUUAUUACGAAUCCACCAGAUGAUUUUCAAUUAUAUCCAACAGAUCAGGUAUUUGUGUUAAUGCAAUUCGAUCCUGGUUUAGAGUACAAAAAUAUUCGGGGAAGAACCGGAACCGGACAAGGUGGUGGUACAGGAGGCGGUGGGACAAAUAAAGACGAUAAUUCCUGACUAUUGCUUUGUAGCGCCCUAACUGAUGGUCCCUAUUCUUACAUUUAAAAACGAAUAGGACCAUCGAUAAAAAAAA